AUGAUAUCUGCACGCAUAGUCUCCCGAACAACUUGUUGCGCAUACAGGCUCAACUGUCAGAUAUUGAAAAUUCGAUUUGCGUCUAGCUCCACGGAAAAAACCACUGCCGCACCCACUUCCACUUCAUCUAAAGCCCCGAUUUCUUCAUGCCCUGCAAAUACGAAUCUCACUGGCCUCGCCUGGCUUAAAGGUCAGCCGCCAGUUUUAGCACUUGAAGACUCCGAGUACCCUGCUUGGCUAUGGACUUUGUUGGAUGAAAAGAAGCCAGGAGAUGGAACGUCGAAACCCGAAAGAAGGAAGCAAAACAGGGACAGGAUAAAACUUCAAAAUUUCAUGAAGAGCCAGUAA